AUGAAUACUGGAAUGGAAAUUGAGAAUUUGGAAAAUGUAACUACAGCAGAAACUGAACCGAUUGUCGUACAGCAACAUCGUUUAAGUUCUAUAAUGCCUAUUAUAAUAUUUUCUUAUAUUGGUGUAUUAAUUCGUCUCGGUCUAGCUUUUCUCGGAAACAAUCAAUCACCAUUAAGUGCAGCUUUUUGGCCAAAUUUUGUUGGAUGUCUUAUAAUGGGCUUUGUUGUUGAACGAAAAAUACAUAUUCAUAAACAUUCUUCUCAAUUAUACAUUGGUUUAACGACGGGUUUAUGCGGUUCAAUAACAACAUUUUCGGGUGUAAUGUAUAAUUCUUGUAUAGCAUUAUAUGGUUCAUCAAGUCAUUUUACGUAUCCUGUAUCUAAUUACUUAGCUGUGAUAGUUUCAAUUUUUUCGGUGUCAUUUAUUGGAUUCAUAAUUGGUCGUCAUGCAAGUAUAUUUAUUCUUUCAUCAUUCUCAAAAAUAACAAUAAAAUUUCAAGAUUUACAUGAAUUUAUACAAAUUUGGCUUUUUCCACUAUUGAUUAUUCUAAGUAUUCCAUUAUUAGUUCUUUUAGCUGUUCUCGUACCAGUUGGUCAUUAUACAUACUUUAUUUAUUCCGUCAUAUUUGCUCCAUUUGGUUCAUUAACUCGAUACAUAUUAUCAAUUGUUUUUAAUACCAAUUCAAACUUUCCACUUGGAACUUUAUUAGCUAACGUAAUUGGUUCAUAUAUUUAUNAUGGUGGUAUUACAAGUCAAAAUCAUAUCAGAAAUUAA